AUGGAUUCCCCUCUCAACCUACGGCCAAGGCCGCCAAACAGUAGAGGGCCCCAGACAAUCGCAGACUUUAUUCGACGCGUCAACGCAGAGCCCGGCGGUUUUCGAGCUCUCAACGAAGAGGAAGUGCGCAGGAACGUCAUUGCCGAGCGCAAUGGGACUCACGAAGAUGUCGAAAUGGUUACCGAGCAGGAGGCCGACGAUGACACCAAGAAACCCGAUAUUAUUGCUGCUCGCCACAACAUCGUCAUGAACCUCGGCCAGGCGAUCCAGAUCUCCUCCAACUUUCUCGACUUCAUCUCGCUCCUUCUCUCAAAAGAAAUCCCCACGCAAGCCGCCGUCUCGAUUUCGCCAUGGCUACGAAGCCAAGUACCGAUCGGAUCCAUCGGCGCCACCCAGCUCGACACGCCUACUCCUCUGACCCAGAGCAGAGUGGCCGACAACAAGCUGAUCACCAUUGGCAAGCGACUGGUCGCGCUCAACGAAGCAGCCGAUACUGCUCUUGCCGCUGCCAACAGGCUUCGCCAAGAGAUCAACUCCGAGACCAAAUACUGGCAGGAAGUCUUGACCGUUAGCCAAAAAGGCUGGUCAACCGCCCGCCUACCCCAAGAGCCGCACGAUAUGGGUGUCAAGUUCGGCUUUUCCAAUGCUGCGCCCAUGUUCAAGAACAAUAGCGUUGCGCCAUUGAAAAGGGCCGAGGAUGGUUCUGUCCGUCUAGAAUACGGGAGAAUGGGUUCCAGAUCCGAACGUCUCCAGGUCACACUUUUGCACAAUGGGGAGGUCAUCGGAAGAUCAGCUCUUCCUCGCCCUCUGCCCGAGGAUGCUCCGUUGGACGAUCGUGUUAAAGAGGCACGGAAUACCAUCUUUGCGCAAGAACUCUGGCACGAGAUCAACCGAGAAGGUCGCACACUCCACGGUCACCAUGUCCGUCUAGAACAGUCGGCUGUAACUUGCGCCCUCGAUCCUAACCGGACCAUUUCGUUCGAGCUGGUGGGCUUGGAAGACCAAGAUCCCUCCAGGGCACCUUUACCUGGCGAUAUCGACGCUGAGACCGCCUCAAUCACCCUACACCUCCUCCUGGGCAACGCUCACAGACAGAACCAGCUCAAGCGUUCCGAGCGGACUGCGCCCAACGCAGCCAGAGGCCCACCACCGCCCUAUAACCUUCUCCUCCCCAUUAUCACCUACUACAGACACGAAAAGACACUGGAAGACUGUACUACCUUCCUAGCCGCCUUCUGCGCCGCCCUCCGCUCCGCAGGGAUCCCAUCCUCAUUCAGCAUGACCGAAAACAUUAACAAGGGCUCCUCCCCCGGUGCUCCGCCCUCCGAGGCGCUCAUGAAAACCCUCCUCCACCCGUCCGAAGUCCAAUUCGACCUAACCAUCACGCCCGCCGCGCGCUUGCGCAUCCUCGCCAAGCCCUCCCCCAUCUUCGGCACUAGAUUCUCCAUCUACCUCCUUCACCCGCAGUCUAACCACCUCGUCAGCUCGUUCCCGCCUAACCAGACUGAUUCGGUCUAUGAGAACAUCAAGGAGCUGGUCCGCUACCUUAGCAAUGCGGUGCCUCGCGCUUUGACUUUGUAUUAUUACCCGCUUGCCCAGGAGAUGCGCAACCCCAAGAACAACAACGGCGAAGCAGCCGCUCCUCCCACUGCUGCAACUACAACAAGCUGGAUAAUCCACCAAGAUGACCUCGGUCUCGUCGACGACGACACCGAGACCUUCGGCAUCCGGUUUGCUUUUGUCUCAAGCCACACCCACAAUGACAAUCCCGGUGAUGACGCAGCAACAGAGCCAGAGCUGCGCGUCACGGGAGACUUUAUGGAUAAAGAUGGCAAGCGGAUUCAUAAAGAGUGGAAGUGGACUGCCGGUAAUGUGGACGGCGACAGCAACGGCAGCUUAGACGAAAUAGUCAAGCACAUCUUGGCAAAUGGACCAUCGUCGUUGUCGGCGGCGGCGGCGGCGGCGGCGGUGUUAUCUGCUUAG